AUGGCAUCACGGAAAUGCGCUGCAGUGGUUGUGGGAGCCGGCCCUGCCGGUCUGGCUGUUGUUGGGAACUUACUGGAGCGACAACUGGGCACAAUAGCUUGGGUUGACCCCAGUUUCGAGGCCGGUCGAGUGAACCGGAAGUACCGCGAGGUUCCCAGCAACACCAAAGUGUCCUUGUUCCAGGCCUACGCGACAGCCGUGCAGCCCUUCCGAACAGUGAUCGAUAACGCCCGGGCUCCAAAUGCGUUUUCCACGCUGGCCAAGCUGGACCAGGACAAGACCUGUCAUCUGCACUACGCCGCGGACAUGGUGCGCGGGCUCACCGACGGGCUAAUGAAGAUGGAGCAGGUCUACGCCUGCCGCGGCUUCGUCACGGCCGCCAGUCUCGCCGAGAGGUCUGCAGCAGCGUCGUCUUCUGCAGCCAAGUGGACCGUCCGCAUCAAGCGCUCUGACUCGUCAGAUGAACUGGAGAUCGAGACCUCACGGCUGAUCCUCUGCACGGGCUCGCACCCCACCCACCUCCCCGUCCCCGUGCCAGACCUCGGCAUCCAACGCUUGGACCUCGACACCGUCCUCAAGCCCACCGAGCUGGCCGAGCUCCUCCCCGACGACCGCGCAGUCACCGUCGCCGUCGUCGGCGCUUCGCACAGUGCCAUCCUCGCCCUCCUCAACCUCGUCCAGCUCGCCCACUCUUCGCACCCGGCUCUCCGCGUCCGCUGGUUCACCCGCCACCCCCUCCGCUACGCCGAGUACAAGGAUGGCUGGAUCCUGCGCGACAACACGGGGCUCAAGGGCCUGGCUGCGGACUUCGCCCGCUCCCAGUUGGAAGACGACCGGCUCCCGUCCUCGCCCGCCGGCGAAAUCAUCACCAAAAUUGACUGCGCCGGCGGCUCCGCUGCCGAGUCGGCGCAGUACCGUGCCCACCUUCCCGCCUGCUCAUAUAUUGUCCAUGCCGUCGGGUUCACCCGUGAUCCUCUCCCGAAGCUGGUCAGCGGCGGUGCGCCCCUGGCGAUGGAGUUCGAUCAUGAGACCGGCAAGUUCCAUGAGCACGGUGACGGGCCCGUGAUUCCCGGCUUGUAUGGUGCUGGUAUUGCCUUCCCCGAACGCGUCGUCGACCCUCACGGGAAUGUCGAGUAUGUCGUGGGAUUCUUCAAGUUUAUGAAGUUUCUCAAGCGGGUGUGUCCGUCGUGGACUUGA